AGCUUAGAAAGUCGCCUAGCUUGGCUUAGAGAAUCUUUUCUCCAGGGAAAAGAUGAAGUUAGUGCCUUGCAAAACCAGAUCGAAAGUGUAAGCACGUCUCUUUCAGCACAAAUGGAGGAGAAAGAUAACAUCAGAAAAGAGCUGGAUGAUUUAACUUUCAGUUUGAAAAAAUUGGAGGAAUCUGCAGAGCGAGUUUCUUUGGAGAGAGAUGAAACUGUGAGGAGACUUGUGGAAAUCUCUGGCUUGAUGACAGAAGGAGCCGAAGAUCAUCCUUCUUCAGCUAUCAAUUUACUUGUUGAUAGAUCCUUCGAAAAGAUAGAAAGGCAAAUCAGGAAUUCUAGUGACAGUUCUUAUGGCAACGAAGAAAUAUUUGAAAGCUUUCAAAGUCUCCUUUAUGUGAGAGAUCAAGAGUUGUCACUUUGUAAGGAAAUGCUAGGAGAGGAAGUGCAGGUUAGUUUGCAGGUA